UAGCGCCGCGGCGUGAGCGUCAGACCUCCGACAAUCCGUCGUCCAGCGGCCUGGGCGGAGGUGAUACAGUCCUCCGGACGUGGCUGCCAUCUUCCCAGCUCCUCCCCCGGGGCGGGGACGGGGUCCGAACCUCGGCGAGUGAUGCUGGAUCCCGGGCCCCCGCCCCUGCCUCCGGGAGGAGCUUCUUCAGCACCGCGACACUUAAGCAGAGUCCCUGCCCCCUGCAUCAGGCUGAGUUCCCUUGUGACUUGCCGCUCCGGAACCGGAGGCCUAUUGGGUCCCGAGCAGGACUCGGAACUGAACAGAGGACACACUACCCUGUGUACUCUGUGCUUCUGCAGAGGGAGCAAUGGCGGCCUCCUGUGUCCUCCUGCACACUGGGCAGAAGAUGCCCCUGAUUGGACUGGGCACCUGGAAGAGUGAGCCUGGCCAGGUAAAAGCAGCUAUUAAGUAUGCCUUGAGUGUUGGCUACCGUCACAUUGACUGUGCUGCUAUCUAUGGCAAUGAGACUGAGAUUGGGGAGGCGCUGAAGGAGAACAUAGGACCAGGCAAGGCAGUGCCUCGGGAGGAGCUGUUUGUGACAUCCAAGCUGUGGAACACCAAGCACCACCCUGAGGAUGUAGAGCCUGCCCUCCGGAAGACACUGGCUGACCUCCAGCUGGAAUAUUUGGAUCUGUACCUGAUGCACUGGCCUUAUGCUUUCGAGCGGGGAGACAACCCCUUCCCUAAGAAUGCCGAUGGAACUAUACGUUAUGACUCCACCCACUACAAGGAGACCUGGAAGGCUCUGGAGGCACUGGUGGCCAAGGGACUGGUGCGUGCACUGGGCCUUUCCAACUUUAGCAGCCGGCAGAUCGAUGAUAUCCUCAGUGUGGCCUCUGUGCGCCCAGCUGUCCUUCAGGUUGAGUGCCACCCAUACCUGGCUCAGAAUGAGCUGAUUGCCCAUUGCCAAGGACGCGGCCUGGAGGUGACUGCUUAUAGCCCUCUGGGCUCCUCUGAUCGUGCUUGGCGCCAUCCUGAUGAGCCUGUCCUGCUUGAGGAGCCAGUGGUUCUGACACUAGCUGAAAAAUAUGGCCGGUCUCCAGCUCAGGUCUUGCUCAGGUGGCAGGUCCAACGGAAAGUGAUCUGCAUCCCCAAGAGUGUCACUCCUUCCCGUAUCCUUCAGAACAUCCAGGUAUUUGACUUCACCUUCACCCCAGAAGAGACGAAGCAGCUGGAUUCCCUGAACAAAAAUUGGCGAUACAUUGUGCCCAUGAUUACGGUGAAUGGGAAGCGGGUCCCAAGAGAUGCGGGGCACCCUCUGUAUCCCUUUAAUGACCCAUACUGAGGAUGCAGCUUCCUGACUUCCCAUCCAGCUCACUGGCCACAAAAUCCUACCACACCCAGGAAGAGGGAGUUAUUAAAAUUGUUGGAGGAUCCACA